AUGAAAGCAGUGGUACACAGUAAACUGCAAGGCAAAGAUAUUAUAAGCAACACCUCGUCCAAGAAGACUGCACAAAGCAAAGUGUUGGUCUCGCCUGGCUCACUUAGUGCUUAUGUUAGGAUGAGGAAAAGCUCAACGGCAGAAAAUGAACCGCAAACAAUCACUGAGAAUGUUUCAAUAAGGAAAGGCCAUUUGUUUGAUGAUGUAGGCGGUAUUGGAAUUGUAAACGAGCCAUUUUCUGACCAAGAACCACAAACUCUACCAGUUACACUAAAAAAGAAACGAACAAGGGGACCAAGUUUGUGCAAAGAUAUCCACGACCGCACUCUUGACAAUCGUUUGCCUAUCAUUUUGAAUGAAUUGUGUCAACCAAUUGGCCCAGAUAAGGCAACUUUGGAUAAAUUUAGUCGUUUUUUGGGAUCAUUAGCUCGUGAUUCAAAUCUUGCACCCUUAAAUGAAAUUAAUUGGACUCACAUUCGCGAUAAAGACAAGAUUUGGGAAUAUGUCAAGAAAAAGUUCAUCAUAGCAGAGGAAGGCAAGACAUAUGUGUUGGAAUCCAUUGGAGCUUUAUGGCGUACUCACAAAUCCAGAGUUAAAAAGAAAUAUUACUACAAUUCUACCUCCCAAGAUACAAAUGGUGAAAACAAAUCGAUUCCUGAUUCUCAUCUGAAGGAUUUGCUAAAAUAUUGGGAUCUAGAGGAGGUUCAGAUGAUAUCUGAAAAGAGAAAAGCAGCCUCCCAAAGUCAGAAAAAUAGACACACUAUGGGCCCCGUUGCGUUUGCAAGAAAGCGUCAUGAGUUGAAACUAGUUGAUGGGAAACAACCUUCUCUGGAAUUGAUGUAUACGGAGACACAUAAGAGAACUUCUGGUAGAAAGUACAAGACGCCUUAA